ACUUACACUGCAAGUCUCCUCCCCCUCCUCAGAGGCUCUUCUCCCUUUCUCUCCUUUUUCUUUAAAUGCCCUUCCUCUCUCUUUCUUUCUCACUUUCUAUCGCUCUCUUCCUGCCAUUCCUGCAUUCAUCUUCACUCCUUUUUUCUGGGUAGCUUUCUGUGACUAUUUGUGUCUAUGCUAUGACCUAAAUAUCUCCGCAGAAGUAGUUAUUUAGGGGACUUAACUUUUGCUCCCCCUCUCAUUUGCUGCCUCUGGCUUGUGGUGGAGCUUCUCUCCGCCCCCUUUGUGUUCUCUGUUAAACAGGAUGCCGCUGUGUGUCUCUCUCUCCCUCCCUCCCUCCCUCUCUCACUCUUUCUCUCUCUCUCCCCUUCUCAGUGUCUCUCUCCCCCUCUCUUUUUAGCAGCUGCGGCAGCUGAGUUUCCUCACUCUUUCUCUUUUUUUUCCCCUCUUCAAGCACUAAACGCAAGAGGAAAGAGAGAGGAAGUGUGUGUGUGAGAUCGAGAGAGCGCGUGAGAGAGAGAGAGAGAAACAGAGAAAGAGACAGAGAGAGAUUGGUGGAAUGAGGGACUGAGAGUGAGGGAGCCUGAGUGAGUUCAUGUUUGAGUGAGGAGAAACAGAGAGAGAGAGAGAGAAAAGACAGAGAGAGAGAGAGCGAAAGAGCUAGAGUUCAUGGAAUGCUGUGAUGUCACCAGCUUAGUCAUCCACAGAGCCAAGAAGGACAGAAGCACAUUCACUCUUCCAGUCUGAAGACUGUUUGUGGAGUAGUCGCACCUCCCUACCUUUCAACUGAUGGAGACAGCUCAGUGACAUCUGUGAGCUUGUGUGUGUGUGUGUAUGCGUGUGUGUGUGUGUGCGCUUGUGUGUGAGUGCGUGAUUGUUUGACUGUGUGCAUUAGUGAGUAGCUGUUUGCUGAUGGUGUGUGUGGACAUCAGUCACUCAGAUACCCUGCAUACAGCAGUGAGUUUUCAUAUCUGAAUGAGAGACUGUGUGUGUGUGUGUGUGUGUGUUUGUGUUUGUUCAGAUGCAUGUGUGAGGGAGUGUAUGCGAGUGAGUGAGUGAGUGAGUUGAGUGCCUGUGUGUAAGCUCUGAAGCUCAUCCAUCAUCUGACCCACCUCCAGCUGAACAGUCCAAACUAUUAUCUCAUCGCUGUAUUGAGGAACCUCCUCCCCUGCCCUCUCCUGAGAACCUCUCUGGAAUAAAGACACACACACACACAGAAACCCUCACACACAAACAAUCACACUCGUAAGCCACAACUGAGGACCCUCCUCUCUACAUUCUCCUGAGGAACGCCCUGGAAUACAGACCCACAGAAACAAACACACACACACACACACUCUAGGAGACGCACACACUCUUGGAGACACAUACACACUCCUAAGACACAAACGGACACACAUUUUUAGAGACUCCCAAACGAACGCUGCUAAGCCGCCACCAUGCUGCAGCAGAUCCUGAAAGACAUGUACAUCGAGCCGGAGCUCCUGGAGGCCCUGAACGAGGACCAGAAGAAGACUCUGUUCAUCAAGAUGCGGCAGGAGCAGGUGCGGCGCUGGAAGGAACGCGAGGAGAAGGAGGAGGAGAAGGAGGCGCACCGCGCCAAGGCCAAAGCCAAACCAGGUCAGGGUAAGAGUGUGAGCUGGCUCCUCGGCCGUGAUGGGGAUGUGCAGGUGCUUGUCAUCGGUGAGACGGAUGAGCUCAAAUCAUCCAAACUCAUCUGCACUGGGCUGGGCGAGAGGAACACUCCUACUCAGCUCAACACCUCACGGAUCCAGGCGACCACACUUAAGAGCAACUUGAUAAACAAAGCGUCCGCCGAGCCAGUGAGAUCUGGACGGGAGAACCAUCCUCCCAAAACACCCACUGGGAUACAGUUACAUUUGAAGGACAACAGCGAAGAAGUGAAGACAGCACUCCCUCCACAGGCCGUGGCCAGCGAAGCGAAGCCGUCCACAGACAGCUCGCCCGAGUCACAGGAGGACAGCCAAUCCGCUCGCAUCACUGCUACCACUGCAGGCGGUCGGCCAACCUCCCCACCGCCCGCUCUCUACCGGCCACACCUGCGCCCCGUCUCCGUGGCAACCACAACAUUGGCACAUGUCAGCCCCACCUCCACCUGCGCCUCCUCACUGAAGGCUCCGGACAGGAGCAUCGGCAUGGCAAGCAGCACCAGCAGCAGCAGCAGCAGCGGUGGGGGUAGACACAGCAUCACUAGCACCAACAGUGGUGUUGGAUAUGGAGGUAGCAGUAGUGGUGGAGGUGUCACUAGCAUCACUAGCCACGGUGCUGUUGGAUAUGGCGGUAGCAGCAGCAGCAGUAGUUCUGGCUCCAGCAGCAGCAUCAGCAGCAGCAUCAGUGGUGUGGGUGGGAGCAGGAUGACCAUCACUCCAGCAGGCCCCAGCAGCAGCAGCAGCAGCAGCAGCAGCAGGACGCCCGCAGCCCAGACACAGGAGAGCCAGAGCAGCCGUGGUAAAGAGUUCCGUGUGAUGGCCGCAUCUAAGCGUGGUGCGUCCAUAGACGAGAUUGGUGUAUCAUCGGCAGCAGCAUCAGCAGCAGCAUCAUCUCCACCACCAUCGUUGCCGACAGCAACAGCUCCAUCAACACCAGCUCCACCAGCAGCAUCAGGACCAGUGGGGCGUGGACGCGUGGCUCAGCUCAUGAAGACCUUCAGUGUUUCUAGUGACGCAGGCCCACCUGGCUCCAGUCAGGCCGCUGCUCCCUUCACUCGCACCGGCCCUGGCGGCGGCCCCGCAAAGCCUGCCCUCCCCAGCAAGCCGAGCCACCUACGCCUCCAGCAGUCGGCCUCGCUUAGGUAGACUUUGGCCCUCCCUCCCCCACCUCCCUUCUCCAGGAACUGUUUUCAGACCGGACAGACCUAGAGUUUGGAGUCGGUCCCUGCACCAAGACCACUCUGAACCGAAGUGCUUGUGCAUCAACCAUCUGAACCAAGUCCAUGAUGUGUCAUCAGUAUGGGAAAUUGCUUUGGCACCCUCAAAAAUGUCGCCACUGUUCAUUGCAAAAAAUCAGAGCAUUCGGUCAUGGUAUUUGAGAUGUUUUUUAUUUUUAUUUUUAUUUUCUUAUGUGUACAUGUCAGCUGUGUUAAGGUUAAUUGUCGGAACUGAGACUAGCACUAGCAGUUCUCUGUGUGUCCACAACCAAUAACCGGGAUCCAGACUGUGUAAAAUGAAGUCUGGAACCAACUGUAAAGAAAAUGCAUCGAUCUUUUCAUGAUGGUUCUAGUUAACAGUGUCAACAAUGGCCAAUCUGUGCAUACGAGGCACUGAAGUUACAUUACACCAACGUGAAAAGAGCUAUGCAACACGUUGCCUUAUUUUGCCACAUUGCCUUAUUUGUAAAGUGUUUCUAAGCAAUGAUUAGAAUGAUGGACCUCCAGGACUUUGUACUGGGCAUGGGAUGAGCACCACUGAAAAAAAGGAAAACGAUUUUGGCGACCAAAAAUGGGGUGCAUUGCCUUAUUUUUAAAAUGUUGGUUCUGAGUAGCAAUGUUUGUAAUGAUGGACCACCAGGACUGUAUUGGAUGUCGACUGGGCACCACUAAAAAAGAGAAAAAGAUUUUGGGGCAUCACCCCGAGCGCACAUAAUAAAAUAAUCCCCUUCAUGCCCCUGUGGAGCCCUGGACUCCCUCAGUCGUCCUCCCAGCGACCCCCAACCCUUGGCGGUGCCCCUGACCCGGGCAGUUAACAGGACACGCUAGUCAUCUGAAAGGGGCUCCCCACCUAAUGCAUACAAUAUCAUGGGUACCCAAUUUUGGGCCCUUUCUCCCCUGGGACUGGGACAACUGACCUGCUUGUCUCCCUUCUGUCGGCUUCCCUGUCCCUGUCUUUGUGGUCCUUGUACCGUAGGCUUGCUCAUGGGAGGUUGAAGAUGCACCAUGGUGCGGUGUAGUGUGGUGUGUCUCUCUCAGGAACCACUCCAGCUCCAUUCUGACUAUGUCUCCCACAGCGGAUGAAUGCAGACAUGUUUAGCUUGUACUGUUGCCAUUAUUGUUUCUAUUGAGCAUUGUGAUUGGUUGUUAUUACUGCUGUUUAUUAUUGACUUGCAUUUUGACUAUGCUGGACUAUUUUGCCAGCUGGAAUGACGUGCCAAAGAUGCAGGCUUGUCACAAUGCCAUCUUUUUUCUUUUUCAGUUUUUUGCUUCUUUUUCAUUUUACAGUACUUGCAAAUAUAUCUGACAAUCGUUGUCAUGUCAUAAAACUCGCUGCGUAAUCGAUAUGACAAUCGCUCA